CGAAAACGCGUCAUCAUACUUUGCGGGAAAACACACUUGCAAUCACCGUCUUUGCAACUCACCAGGCUCUUCGCGGUUUCACCAAAAGACAGGUUGAAAUAUUGAUCAUUUCAGUCAUCAAAGCAAUCCACAUCUAAUGAGUGGAGGUGACACGGCAGCUGUCGUUGCCGUAUCGGCCAAUCACCCUGCCGAUCUCAGCUUAUGGUUGGAUACUACUCAGCAAGUAGCGAACGCUCUGGAUUCCAAGCUGCAAGUUGAGAAUUUUUAUCAGAAUGGAACACGUCCUGAUGGUCGUCUGUUUCAUCAAACGCGGCAAACGAAUAUUCAACGAGGGAUUUUGAAUAACGCAUGCGGAUCUUCGCUGAUUAAAUUGGGAACAACGCAGGUCCUGGCGGCAGUUACGUAUCAAGUUGGACAACCAAUUGUUUCCGGAUCGAGUGGUGGCUCCGGGGAUGACUCCAACAAGACAAAAGGGGAUAUAGUGAUCGCCGCGGACAACGGGAGCGUCGAUGCGGUCUUGCAAUCGUGGCUUCAACGGCUCUUGCAGGACACCAUUGAUCUUGAGCAACUAUCAAUCGUUCCUCAGGCGGCUUUUCGUUUGAUCGUGACCGUACAGGUUCUCAAUGUGGCCGGCAAUCUGAGGGACGCUUGCUGGUUAGCAUGUGUGGCGGCUUUAUUAGAUACGAAACUUCCGUCAAACACUGUCUAUGAAGCUGGCAAAGUGUGGCUAAAGGAUAACGACGAUACUGCUGAUGCCAAUACUGGCACUAAAUCACUGGAACUUCCCGUCUUGCCGAUUUCGUUAACAAUGGGAGUGUGGUCCACCAUUGAAGCGGGUAUGGUGCACAUGGUCGACCCGACAAUAGAAGAAGAAGAAAGUCUGUCAGGGAGCUUGACGAUAAUUGUCAAUGCUCGACAGCCGGAGGAAGUGUUGUCCGUGGAUUUUUCGUCGCUGACGCCAAUGACAAGGACCGACCUCGCUUUGGCGAUCAAAAUGGCAAUAGGGCGAGGGACAGAGCGUAAGAUCGAUGUCUGGAAUGAUAGUCGCAAGACACUCCAGGCACUCUUAAAAAAGUUGAAGCGCACUUUGGGAGAGAAUUCAGAGUCUGGAGAAAAGGACCGAGACUUUGCAUUGUCAUUCUCUUGCUGCAAAAAAACGACGGCAAGAACGAGACAAACGGUUCGUUCGGGAAGCUGCACGGAUACAAUGGAGGCGAAUCCCAUCAUUCUCGCCGCUGUGGAAGGCGGGGGAACAUCGUUUCGCGUCGCGGUCUGUCGCGUACCACACGAGCAUACCAAGGACAGUGGCACGGCAUCGCCAUGGCCGGAAAUCCUGGCCCGCACCGAGAUCGAUUCCAGUCACGAUCAUCCCCUCGUCACGUUACGAGCGUGUGUAGACUUUUUCGAAGCUUACAAGCCCGUCGGCGGUUACCACGCGCUGGGUAUCGCGUGUUUUGGACCGCUCGGUGUGAACGUGGCCCGGGUGGAGGACUACGGCCGAAUAUUGGCAACGUCCCCCAAGGCUGCAUGGCGUGGCGUAGACUUGCUGACCCCCCUGGCUACGUGUUGUCGGGGCGAUACGCAUGCGCUCGUGACACGUGUAGAUACCGACGUGAAUGCGCCGGCCCUGGCCGAGUACUAUCUCGCAACGCAACGAGUGAAGCACCCGGGUGCGGUAGCCUAUCCUGUCGACGACGCCGUCACGUCGGCAUCAUCAGAAAUAUCCAGUAUUGCUUACGUGACGGUCGGAACCGGCGUCGGGGUUGGUUUGGUUGUGCACGGUCAGCCAGUACACGGUCGGAUGCAUCCGGAAGGAGGCCACGUUGCGGUACAACCCUUAGCCAACGACGUGUUUCCCGGUUAUUCCUGGGGUCAGAAGAACUGUCCGUACGAAGGAGUACACACAGUAGAAGGUCUAGCCUCCUCCGUGGCCCUGACUGAGCGGCUGGCGCAACUACAACAAAUUCCAACGCCCUUGUCCCGGAGUGUCCUGGCCUCUCUACCGGAUGAUCACGAAGUAUGGGAUCACGCGGUGAACGCGUUGGCGAAUUUGUGUGUGACGCUGCUGUUGACAUUGUCCAUGGAGAAGAUUGUGAUGGGCGGUGGAAUCCUUCGACGAGCAUUGUUGUUGCCCCGCAUUCAGGCACGGACGGUGGAGUUGUUGAACGGCUACUUGCCCUUACCGGAGGACAUGUCGACACUGAUUGCGACGAGUUCGUUCGGAGACGACAUUGGCUUGAUUGGUGCCAUGGUGUUGGCGCAAUCGAGUCUACAACUCAACGAGCAUACCCGCGAAUCACGAAAGCGACACGAAACGGUGAUGAAGCAAACGGCAUUCAAACACGGACUUUGGCACGGAAUGCUGGUGGGCGCUGUCGGUGCAGCCUUGGUAUGCAAAUACGUGUGGUACGGACCGCGGACUCGAAAGUAA